AUGUCCGACGACGAAGCCGAUCCCGAGUUGGUUGCUCUCCUUCGCAAAACUCUAGGCCUGGGAGGAUCGCCAGACCCACACACAGCCGAGACCAAGGUCCUGCAGAACGCGCAGUAUAUCUUCGACAAUGCCAUCGACGUUGCCCUGAAUUCGGCCAAGACGAAGGAAGCCGCCGAGACUAUCUGGCAGUUGAUGCAGAAGAAGGAGUACUCAACGCAGACCUGGGCCGCGCAUGAGUUACACCCCAAGACCAAGGACGAGAGCACCGUGGACUUUAUCUUCACCAUGGACCUUCUCAAUUUCAGUUUCUGGUCGGAAUUGCCGAGCGACAAGCGCUUUUCGAUCGAGUAUCGGGGUAAGAAGUGGACAGGAUAUUGGAGCCUAGUGGCUGCGCUACAACGGGCUUUGGACGAGGAUAUCCCCAUCACCAGUCCGGAGUUCUGGGCCAACGAGGAAGAAUGCACCGAGGAGGUUAUCAAGCAUGUGUUCCGAUCUGCCACCGAGGAGGAGAUUCCGCUACUUCAGGAACGCCUGCAGUGCUUACGCGAGGCUGGUCGCGUGCUGUGCAGGGAAUACGAAGGCAGCUUCCUGAACUGCAUCUACAGCGCCAAUUACUCGGCCGCGGCUCUUGUGAACCUUGUCACAGAAGGGUUCGCCUGCUUCAGGGAUGAGACCACGUUCAAUGGUCGCCGAGUACGGAUCUACAAGCGGGCCCAGAUCCUGGUCGCGGACCUGUGGGCGUGUUUCAAUGGCGAGGGGUUCGGCGAGUUUCACGACAUUGACACCAUUACCAUGUUCGCAGACUACCGCAUCCCCCAGAUGCUCCACCAGCUCGGCUGCCUGAUGUACUCACCCCCGCUAGAGAACCACAUCCGCGACCUCAAGCUCAUCCCCAGCGGCUCGAACUGGGAAACCGAGCUCCGCGGCGCCAGUAUCUGGUGCGUCGAGCUUAUCAAGCGCGAGAUCGAGCGCCGCCACCCCGAAGUUAAAACGAAACCCAUCCGAAAACCCGAGCAGAACCCAGCCGCAGACCAAAAAGACAACACAGUUCCCCAAGAACAGGCACAGCAGAGCUAUUUCGCCGAAACGGCCCCGAACAAGGGCGGGUUCCAGGAAAUAUCGGCGAGGGGUAUCAACGCCAUCCUGAUCGAUUUCUUUCUGUAUGACACCAUGAAGGAGUUGGAGAAGGACGGCCAAGAGUCCAUCCCGCAUCAUCGCACCCGGAGUAUCUGGUACUAG